AUGCCUCGAAAAUUCUUGGGCAAUAGAAUCGAUGCAAAUCUGGAUUUCGUUAGACCCGCCUCUCUUGGCGUCACCAGCUUCGAUCUGAACAAUCUGCCGGAUCUGCCGGGUUGGAGUUCGAAGGAGGCACAUGCUACUGAAGACACUAAGAUAAUUGGGAAUAAUGGGCGACGGAUUUCACGAGCAUUUGGUGGUACCGUGAAGCUGAAAAAUAGACUGAGCUCUGUUCCCGAGCUUCUGAUCCGCAGAACCGAACGGCUAGCACAGAAAAACUCUGAGGUUCAAGAGCAUGAUAGCCUUUCUCAAACUCCACUUCCAAAGAAAAAAGAUAUACCCGUUGAAGCGUUGCAACAGAUAAAUCCGGUCUUACGCCAGCAAGCUUCCAAAGAUGUUAGAAGCUCAGGGUCAAAAUUCACUAAACCUGCUGUGAUGAAUCGUGCUAGUCGGUCACACGUUCCGUCUCCGCUAGCCAGUCCUCCCAUAGUGAGCAACCGUACAAAUGUCAUGGCAUUCCCGGCAAUCACUAACACUGCCACCAACACUGGAUUUAGUCUCAGUCGUAAUAAAUCGAUAGGUGAGGCCCUAUUUGAUGAGAUUUUGACGGCGUACGGAUCGCUCCCGGAAAACCAAAAACCGAAGGGCAGGACGACGAUUUUUCGGAAAAACUACGAACAUCCCAUCAAUCAACAGUUGAAGGCUACGUUUCCUACUCUCGAGAAUAAGAAUCGCGCUCAUUUCGACCCUGUCAUUCGUGUAGACGACUACAGCGAUGAGCAUGUCAGAGCUGUUUCUGACAACACUGAGCUUGCAACUGCGAUGGGGGAUACUCUACCCAGUCCCUACUAUUUUAACUCGAGUGGGUCUGAUCCUUCGAGCUCUGGAGAGGAAUUUUCCGAUAUCGGCAGUAUCAUGAGCAGUCUCAAAUCGCCACGCAGUGACGAGUCUGCUACUUAUUUUUCCGCUGACGACCAUCUGUCAAGUCCCACUAAAGUCAGUGUUGCAACAUCAACAAAAACACAACAAGAACAACAACAACUGAUGCCUAGCUGCUCACUACGGCAUGUUCGUACCUGUCAAGUACACCCGAGGAUUUUCACGCCGGACGAUUCCUCUGAAGACUCUGGAGCGUCUGAUUACGACAGCGAGGACAACGGGGAACCUCACAUCGCCCAUUUACAAGAUGAGCUAAUAGAUCUGGAUAUCGGGGAUACCUCCAGUUCUAUCUAUCACGAUUAA